CUUCACCUUUUUCUAUCUCAAGGAAGAGGGAUUUUAUAGCCCUAAAAUACCAAAAAAGCUAAUAGGAAAAUAGAAACAAACUACUAGCGUAUUAAUUAAACAAAACAACAAAUAAUAAUCCUACGCUCAAAUUAGGGUUCCAAAUCAAACAUGCUCUCACAUUCCGUCUUAAAUCCCCCGAUCUGAAACCAUGAUUGACCUUCUUCCCUUCAACUUUUUCGAUGCCAGGUGCGUGGGUUUUAGGAUUCUGUUUGUAAUUUUGUUGAAUUAUCUUUUUAUGUGCAUGGUUUUCGAGAAGUGGAUCAUUUUCUACUGUUGUUGUUGUUGUGUGUGGUGGUUGUCUUUGGCUGAAUCACUGCUUACCUCUGUUAAAAUUUGAAUUUAAAACUAUGCUUUACGGUUACAGUCUUACAGAUCCCAAUUUAUCGAUGUUGAAUGUGCAUGAAGGUAUGUGAAAAUUUGCAUGUGAUUUCAGUGAUUCUUUUUGGAGCCAAUGAGUGCGGAGAAGUUGGGAGGUUUGGUGAAUUUGAAGAAAAAGAGGUCAUUGGAUCUUCUUACAUUGUAUCAGCCCGAGGUUGAUAACAAGAGAAGGAGUAAUAGUAAAGGGAAACGUAAAGAAGAGAAAGAGGGAAAUGAGGUUAAGAAAAAGAGGAAGAGGGAAGCUUUAAAUGUGGUGGCUUCAGCUAGGUUGGAUCAGGUAGAGAAAAAAAGUAGUAGAGCAGAUGAGGAAGGUGCUAAUGGACUUGACAUGCAGCAAUCAAUCCAAUCAUAUGAAGGACCUGUUAGCAGCUGGAAUGGGAUUUCAUAUUGCCUGCUGGGUGAGAAUGGUGAUCCUGUUAGGAUUCCCAAACGUCCACGCAACAUUUUCUGCCACAAAAAUUCUCAAACCCAGCCAGGUUCUCAGUCAUUGAGGUUGUUGGGUUCGGUCAAUAGUAUCAAGAAUUCACAUGACGAAGCAGAAGUGUCAGAUGAUUUUUAUCUGCCAAAACAGCCAACAUCAUCGGGCAGUAAUGCCAGUGGUGGUGACCGGAUGGCUAAGUCAAGUAAAGCUCCUACAUGUAGUGUUGUUUCUGACAAUCCAAAGCCGAAGGUGGGCAUUAAUCACCGUAAGGGACGUAAGAAUGCUCAGCUGCCAAAGAAGCCAAGCUUAUUAGUAAAUGAACCCAGUGGUGAUGAUGUUUUGGCUAAGUUGGGUAAACAUGUUGUUGGAGAUGCUGUCAAUAAGAAGUUAAAGAUGAAGAUGGGUGUUGUUGAGUCCAUUGGGCAUAAGAAUGCUCACCUGCCAAAGAAGCCAGGCUUAUCAGCAAAUGAACUCAGUGCUGAUGAUGAUAUGUCUAAGUUGGGUAAACAUUUUGUGGGGAAUACUGUUAAUGAGAAGUUAAAGCAGAAGGUGGGUGUUAAUGAGUUUAAGGAGCGUAAAAAUAGUAAACUACAGAAAAAGUUAAGCUUAUCAGGAAAUGAAGCCAGUGCUGCUGACCAGAUUGUUAAGUUGGGUAAAGUUUCUGCAGGCAAUGCCAUAAAUGGGAAGUAUAAGCGGAAGGGCGUUGCAAAUGAGUCUAAGGGAAGUACGAAUGCCAAGGCUACUUCAGCUCAGCACUCUAUGGUGGAAGUUGAAGAGCUUGAUAAAAAUGCUGAUAUAUCUUCAAGAAAGUGGCGAAAAUCUCAUAGGAAGAAAAAAGGUUUGCAAUCUGGGGGCAUUGAUUCUGUAAAGCAUGUUGAGCCUCCAGAAGAUGUUGCAAGUCACUAUUCUGAUGAUCUUCAAGAUGAUGAUGAUGAAGAAAACCUUGAGCAAAAUGCAGCCAGGAUGCUAUCUUCUAGAUUUGAUCCUCGCUGCACAGGUUUUGCUACAAGCUGCAAAUCUUCUGCAUUAUCAUAUUCAAAUCAGCUAUCUUCUCUUAUCUCCUCUCCCAAAGAUCUUACUACUCAAGAUGCGAACUCUUUAGCAAGCUCAGAGGCUGCUUCAAAAGAUUAUAAAGAGAAGAGUGUUCCAAGGAAACGCCGCCAUUUCUACGAAGUUCAUCUAAAGGACUUGGAUGCAUAUAAGGUUUUGAAUAAAAGGGUUCAAGUAUUUUCCCCAUUAGAGGAGACUUGGUGUUGUGGCAUUCUCAAGGCCUAUGAUCAGGACAAGAGGCUCCAUCAAGUCAAGUAUGAUGGUCAAGAUGAUGUUUGGAUCAAUCUUGAAGACCAAAGAUUUAAGCUCCUUCUUUUCCCAGGCGAACUUCCUGGGAAGGACAAAUCAAGAAGAUCUUCUAAGGCAAGUACAAUUGUUUGUAAAGAUAAAUUAGACGUGGAUGUUGAUGAAGACAGCCACUCAGGGAGCUAUUUGGAGUCUGAGCCCAUAAUCUCAUGGUUAGCUCAUCGAAUCAAAUAUUCUUCUAGGACAUCGAAGAAACAGAAAACAUCAGAAGAGUCUUCCAUAAUUUUGUCAUCACAAUCUCAUGACCAAACUGAGGAUACGAAAGACAAUAUAGGUUUCUCGGAUACAUAUGGGAAGAAAUCAGAACAUGUUCAUGAAUUGCAGAACAUUGAAACUGAUGUGGGAAAGAAUGAGGAGUCUUUGAUCGAAAGUGAUAGCGUGUCACAGAAUAAAGUAACAGUUGUUUAUGUGCGAAGGCGAUUUCGGAAGAAACCAGAGUGUGUUCCUGAAUUGAUUCUUCUGGGUUCACACAACGAUACUUUGUUAUGGUCUCUUGAUGAUGAAGGCAUGCUAAGCUUAAGUCUGCCAUUUAUAGAGUCCAAACAGUUGACUUAUGGUAUACAUCUACCAGCUUUAUCUUUUAUUCAGCAUGGUGCAGAGUACAUCCAGUUGUCUCGUAUAGUGUCGUUGCUGCAAUAUGGUGCCAUUGUGACAAAAUGGCCAGAGGUUACUCUAGAGAUGCUUUUUGUUGAUAGUUCUGUUGGGCUGAGGUUUCUUUUGUUUGAGUGUUGCCUAAAGGAUGCUAUGGUUAUCACUUUCCUUGUUAUGUCAUUGUUUAGUAAACCUGAUGAACACUUGGAUCUUGAAGAUACCCAGCUGCCCGUUACUUCUGUAUGCUUUAAAUUUUCUAGAGUUCAAGAUCUUAAGAAGCAGAGAUCAUUUGUAUUCUACAGAUUUUCGAAACUAGAAACCUCAAAGUGGCUAUAUCUGGACUCUAAGCUUCAAUAUCGCAGUUUAAUGGCUAAGUGUCUCUCUUUGUCUGAAUGCACAUAUGAUAACAUCAAAUCCCUUGAAUGUCCAAGUAGUCCGUUUUCAACAUACAACCGUCCAGAGAAUUUGCAAAAUAAGUGUGUGCCGUGUGGUUUGGCCAUGGGCAUCUCCAAAGAAUCCUACCUUGUCAGGAUGUGCCAUCCAACUUCUACCUCUAAUUCAAAACUUGGACAUAUUCAAUUUUCUCUUUCAUUUGCUGCUGUACCUGCUCUUUUCUUUAGUCUGCAUCUACACCUGCUCAUGGAACAAAACUUUGCUGAUGUUGGCCUUCAAAACCAUAAGCCUUCAUGUUGUUCACUUUUCAGCUCUGGUAUAACUUGCCAGCAUGUGAUACAUGAUGCCAGCCAGGGGAAGAAGUUCCAUGGAAAUGUUCCCGAAACAACCUUAAAAAGCAAUGUGGAAUCCUUGCUCCCUUUAGCUACUUCCAAUGACAUUGAAGGGUUGGAGAAGAAUAAUUCCACUGACCGCAAAGGGUUGGCCAAGAAUGCUUCUAGUUUGGUUCUGUCUCAAAUGAAAAUCUGUACUAGUGAUCAACGAUCAUACCCAGUUGUUGAUUUUCCACAUCCUGAUCUAGACCAUAUUAAUAUCGAAAUUCCUUCACCAGAUCAAGUUGAUCAGCCUUCCGAUGGAAGAGGACUCUUUUCUGGCUUUCCCUCAAGCUAUUCAUUUCAUGACAACCAAAAUAUGUUACUUUCUUCGCCUGUGGGAGAACUUUCGCCGGUGUGGUCGGAUGGGAAGAUGGGUUUCAUGCGCACUGGAUUUGCUAGUGGCCCUAAGAAACCAAGAACACAGGUCCAUUACACGUUGCCUUCUGGAAGUUAUGAGGUUGGAUUAAGAAACAGAAACCAAGGACAAAAGACUCUUCCUUACAAACGGAUCAGGAGAGCUAGCGAGAAGAAGAUUUUAUAUGGUGGCUGUAGUUCUGAAAGAAAUUUUGAGUUGUUUGGAUGUGAUGCAAAUGUGUUGGUCACCGUUGGAGACAAAGGAUGGAGAGAAAAUGAUGCACGUGUGGUUUUAGAAGUUGCAGAUCACAAUGAAUGCCGGCUUGCUGUUAAAUUUUCCGGAACCACAAAGUACUCAUAUAAGGUUCAUAACAUUUUGCAACCUGGGUCAACUAACCGCUUCACUCAUGCUAUGAUGUGGAAAGGGGGAAAGGAUUGGGUUUUGGAGUUUCCUGACAGGAGUCAAUGGAUUCUGUUCAAGGAGAUGUAUGAAGAAUGCCACAAUCGUAAUAUCCGUGCUGCUUUGGUUAAGAACAUCCCAAUUCCCGGUGUUCGCUUGAUUGAAGAAAGGGAAGAUGAUGCAACUUCCACCCCAUUUACUCGCAAUUUUACUAAUUACUUUCGUCAGGUUGAGAGUGAUAUUGAAAUGGCGAUGAAUACUUCACAAAUCUUGUAUGACAUGGAUAGUGAGGAUGAAUGUUGGCUCUCUGCCAACCAAACUUCUUCAAAAUCUAGAGGAUAUGAUGAGAUAUCAGAUGAGUUAUUUGAAAAAACGAUGAACUUGUUAGAAAAGGUGGCUUAUACUGAACAGCGUGAGAACUUUACAUCAGAGGAGCUAGGGGAGUUUAUGGCAGAAGUAGGUUUUAUGGAAGUGGUGAAAUCUGUUUAUGAACAUUGGAAGCUUAAAAGACAGAAAAGUGGCAUGCCUCUAUUGCGUCAUUUCCAGCGCCCGUUGUGGGAAAGGUAUCAGCGACAAGUGAAAGACUGGGAGCAACAUGUUUCCAGGGCUAUCGCUGCAAAUCAUGUGAAAGCACCUCCGAUUGAGAAACCACCCAUGUUUGCCUUUUGUUUGAAGCCUCGAGGUUUGGAAACCCCUAACCGAGGUUCAAAACAACGUUCUCAGAAGAGAAUUUCAGUGCCUGGGCACAACCAUAGUGCCCUGAGGGAUCAAGAUGGUUUCCAUGCCUUUGGGAAGAGAAUGAAUGGAUAUGCAUUUGGAGAUGAAAUGGAUGUGUAUACAGGCAACAACCAUGAACAACCCUUGGAAGCUUCUUCACCUUGUGAUGCUUCAAGAAGGGCCUUUUCUCCAUGCGAUGCCAGUGGAUAUAUCUCUUUGAGCAAUGACGGCUUUGAGUGGAACCCCCACCCAAAGUUUCAGAGAAACAAAUCAAAGAGGAUUGGGACGUUUGUGCCAGCUGGCAACCCGCAUCUGGUUUCUUCUCAUGACAGGAGAACCACAAAGAGAAACGGUUUUCAUCCACCCGAAUGGCCCAGCCCGAAGCUCUAUCAACAGUUUGAUACCCCAAACGUUCCGGAGUUGAGGCUUCGUGACGCGUCCUGUGCAGCCAAACACGCAUGCCAUGUGGCAAAACAGAAGCGGGAAAAGGCACAUAGGCUGCUUUAUGUGGCUGACGUGGCAAUCCAGAAAGCUGUGGUAGCUCUCAUGAAAGUUGAUGCAAUGGAAGCUUUUGCCAAUGAUUAGAUUUAUUUCCAAUGUCAAUAAUAUGUGAUUCUUUGGGGGUUUUAGUUCCUGGGCCCUCAUGCCACAUUUGGCGGCUAUACACAGGUUUUCACUCAAAUGGGUUUUCAUCUGAUUCCAUCAUUGUUCAUAAAAUAUAGUGUAGAUUCCUGACAUGAUGGGCGGAGCGGAGCAGUCAUUAUCAUCGUUAUCAAGAGAGUUUUUUAUUCAUUAACCUUCGGUCCCUUUUUGCACAGUACUUUUUCACCAGGAACACUUAAUUUCUGGUUUGUUGCACGACUGGUUUGACUGCUGACCGGGUGGACCCAGUUUUGCUUUUGUAGCUUGCUUGUACAUAAUGGUGUUGCAUUGUGUGUGUGUGUAUGUGGCAUCUUUAGCUCAUGGGUGUUAAAAAAAAUAUCCUCAAAACUGUGCAUGGUGAAUUGAUUUUAGACGGGGCGUUGAAGUGGGGUUUCCUCUUUUUUUGCGUGUAAUUCAUUGGAGCACGUUUAGUAUUGAAGAAACAAAAAUAUUUGAUGCAAGUAAAUUUCUGGUAAAAUGUUCAUCAUAGUCAGUGUGUAUGUAUUUGGUUUGAAAGGCUG